AUGGCGUCGACGACCGCCGGUGUUCUCCUGUUCGCGGCCCUCAUCGGCGUUUUGGCAAUCUCCACCACCGCAAGACCUUGCAAAACCAUCUUCUUCAUCACUUCGUCAUCUCACUACCCCACCGACGAUCCUUUCCUCCCAAAACCUAAUUUCCAUAUUCUUCGAAACCCCAACAAUUCCCCACGUCUCACCUUCUUCGUCACCGAAAUCCGCGAAUUCCAUCGCACCAGAUCGCUUCCUCGCUCUGCAUCUGUUUUUGAUCGCUCUAUCGAAUCAUCAUCAUCCGAUGAUGUUGUCUCUUCAGUUCCGUAUUAUUCAGCAACGUCUACCUCUGUUAAAGCAUCGAUUCGUGAACGUACUAUGGACAUCAUGAGCAUCGUCGGCGCGUUACUCUUCGGCGUUGGAUGCGGUGCUCUCACCGCCGCUACCAUGUACUUAAUCUGGUCCCUGUUCGCCCCCAGACGCUUUGAUUUUGGCGCGGAUUCUGAUGAGGAGAGCGAUGACGAAGAAAAUGGCGUUAGAUCUAAUUCGAACGGAUACGUCGCCAUCCCUGCCGUUGCUAAACCUGUGCCUCCUACUGCCGACGAAGUUGCUGCAAUGAAAUGA